AUGCCAGGCUUGGGGGUCCAGGGCACAGCGCCAGCGCAGGAAGCCAGAAUCUCGGGGUUCCCGGCUCUGAGAGGCUCCGCCCCCGCCGUCCUGGACGCACCGGCCGUCACGUGGCUCUCACGCUCCCCGCGCCUGCGCCUGCGCGCGCGGGACCCGCCCUGGCGCGGCGGCUGGCUAGGGGAGGGCCCGGGAGGGGUCGCGGAGGGCCGGGAGCGGGCCCCCGGUUCGGGACCGGGCGCCCCGACAUCCCGGGGAGAUGGGCUCGGAAGGGGCAACCGGGGGGCCCGCCCUUUUCAGUCUUUGAAGCAGCCGCCGCCGAGGUGGACAAAUGUCUCGCCUUCUCCAUUUUCCAAAGGGAACAUUUCUGAGGAUGCUUCUUGGCUCUUGAAAUGCAUCUGGCGAGGCCCCCCGCAGUUUUUCCUGCUUUCCGUUGUCCACGCUUUCCCACAGUCCCGGCCUCCGCAGGCCAGGUGGCGCGGGAGGCUGAGGGGACCCGGCAGUGGAGCGCGAGGACCAGACACCCCCGCGAUGACCAGUUCCCCUGUCUCCAGAGUCGUCUACAACGGCAAGAGGAACAGCAGCCCCCGCCCUCCCCCCCGCAGCAGUGAGAUCUUCACCCCAGCCCAUGAAGAGAAUGUACGUUUCAUUUAUGAAGCCUGGCAGGGCGUGGAGCGAGAUCUUCGGAGCCAGAUGUCAGGCAGCGAGCGGGGCCUGGUGGAGGAGUACGUGGAGAAGGUCCCGAACCCCAGUCUGAAGACCUUCAAGCCCAUCGACCUGAGUGAUCUGAAGCGCCGGAACACGACGGACGCCAAGAAGUCCUGAAGCGCCCGGCGUCCCUCCCCUGGCCUCUGGGAGACCUGGUGCCGCCUGAUGUUGGUCUCCUGCGGGCUCAGCUCCUGGGAGGGGGAGGGGCCACGGGCCCAGGGGGCUGUCAACCCCAGGACCAGGAGGGGCAUGAUUGAUGGCCAAGCCCUGCCCUUCCUCCCCAAACCCUCUCUUCUCUUCUCAGGGGGUCUCCAGCUGCCCCUGUCGCUGGGGGGUGGGGGGGUCUGGGCCCUGCCAGCCCCGACUCUCCCUGUAGUUGUGUUUCUGGAGCUGCCAGCCCCUACCCCAGGGCCUUGACUCUGACUGCUCUCCAGUUCCCAUCACCUUCUCCCCCACCCUGCUGGCCCCUACCCCCCGGCCACUUCCAAGGUUAGGAGGGAGACAAGGGGGCCUCUGCUGUCUCCCAGGAUAGUGGGACUGGGCUUGUCCCUGAGGUGGCCAGGAGGCAGGACAAGGGUGGCCCCCCCAUACCCGUUGUGUGCCCUCCACCAAGCCCUGCCACUUUUCUGGCCUGGACACCUUGGGGAUCGUCUGAUUCUCACCCCACUGUCCAGUCUGGUCCCCUCCUUCCGUGCAUCAGCUUCAGGAUGGCACCAGCUCUCCAGGCCUGGAGGCCACCAAGUGCCCCCGCAGAGAGGGUCCUGGGUGACCAGGCCUAGCCCCUUGCUGUCUGCGGCCCUGUGGCCACAGCAGUCCCCUCGGGCAGGGGUGUGAGGCCGACCGUGGCCCUGUACCACCUGCUGGGAUGGUCACCAGGGUCCCCUUUCCUUCCUGUGCCCCGCCAAAGCCAAGUGUCUGUGACUGGAGCCCAAGGAUUAGUGAAUAAAGGAGGGUGGCACUGGACCGGCCCCUUGGUCUGUCAGGCCCCUGUCCCGGCAGCCCACACAGGGCUGGAGAUCCACGGCCACGCUCCAGGCCCCUGACACACAAA